AUGUCGACUAUUACAUUGAGUAAAGAAAGUCACAAAAAUCCUGAAAAGUUCAGAAUCAAAUAUGAAGAUGCUGAUGCGGUUUUAGGACCAAAGAAAGUUAUCAAGAAAGACGAAUCUUUGCCAGUCAAAGAAUCAUAUUCCAAAGUUACAAUUAUUGGAGCAGGAUUCGGUGGUAUUACUACUGCAUUAUCUAUAAUUAAGAAUCUCGGAUGUGAUUUCAAGAUAUUUGAAAAGCAUGAUGAUUUAGGAGGUACUUGGUAUGCCAAUACUUAUCCAGGUUGUGCUAGUGAUAUUCCUGCUAUUUGGUAUUCAAUCUUCGAUGAGAUGGUUACUAACUGGAGUGAUUCAAGACCUCCACAAUAUGAAAUGCAAGAAUACAUGCAAGAAAUUGUAAAAAAGUACAAGUUGAAAGAAAGUUGUUAUUUAUCCACUCAAGUAGUUGAAGCAAGAUAUAUGGAAAAACUGGCCGAAUGGCAAGUUGAAAGUUGGGAUUUGAAAACUGGUCAAAAAAUUACACACCGUUCCAAGAUCUUAGUUAAUUGCUCAGGGGGUUUAGUUGUACCUAACGUAUUCAAACCUAAAGGGAUGGAAACUUUCAAGGGUAACUAUAUGCAUUCAGCCAUUUGGGAUCAUUCUGUCGAUUUUAAAGGUAAACAAGUUAUUGUUGUGGGUAAUGGAUGUUCAGCAGCUCAAGUAGUGCCAGCUUUACUUGAUUAUGAACCUAAAUCGAUUGUACAAACUAUUAGAUCUCAACAUUAUAUUUUCCCUCCCCAUCCUAAAUUUUUGUAUUUCUUAUACUGGUUAUUAGGAUGGAAUAGGAUUGGAUUGGUCAUGGUGAGAUGGUUAGUUGCAGUUGUUGCCGAAUCAAGAUAUCCUAUGUUUGCAGGAAAUGGUAUUAUCAAUAGAAUCAUGAGAUGGGUUAACACUAGAGCUUCUUUGAGAUAUAUGAAAAAGACCAUUCCUGAAAAGUACCACGAUAUAGUGAUUCCGAAAUUCAAAAUCGGAUGUAAACGUUUAAUUUUCGACUACUAUUAUGCCCCAGCAUUAAGAGACAAACGUAUUGAUGUUAAAUUGGAUGAAAUUACUGAAGUCAAACCUCAUUCUGUGGUACUUAAAUCAGGUAUUGAAUUACCUGCUGAUAUCAUUGUUGCAUGUACUGGUUACAACAUCACCCAAUCAAUGAAUCCGUAUCAUAUCAUUGGUAGAGAUGGUUUUGAUUUAAAUCAAACUUGGAAGGAAGAAGGUCAAAGUGCCUAUGAAACUAUUUUAGUUAAGAAAUGUCCCAAUUUCUUCAUGGUUCCAGGACCUAAUUCUGCUACAGGACAUUCAUCAGUGGUUUUAGCCAUUGAGAAUUGUGCUAAGUAUUUCAGUCUUGUAGCACCAAAAAUCUUGAAUGGAGAAAUCAAGUCUCUUGAAGUUAAAUCAGAAAAAUACGAAGAGUGGUUCAGCACCACCCAAGAUUUAUUGAGAAAAUCAGUUUUUGGUACUGCUUUCGGGGGAUGUGUGUCAUGGUAUUCCAAUGAUAAAGUCAAUCCUACAGCAUACCCAUACUCUCAAAUUACUUAUUUCAGAAGAAUGAGGAACGUUAAAUGGCAAGAUUUCAACAUUGAAAGAUAA